AUGGCUGCUGCUUUCUUCAUCAGAGCUAUCAUUAUAGGCUUCACGCUUCUGACCAACUCCCAAGCCCCGAGUGCUAUCAAAUUCUUGAAGCUCUACCUCUUCUGUGUCUCCAAUUAUCAAAAGAACAAUGUCUCCUGGUUCCACUCCUGGGGUGGUCUUUCUUUGGUUCAAACCACGGAUUACAUUUACCCCAUUGUUGAUGACCCUUACAUGAUGGGCAGGAUAGCAUGUGCCAACGUCCUCAGUGACCUCUACGCCAUGGGGGUCACGGAAUGUGACAAUAUGCUGAUGCUCCUUGGGAUCAGUAAUAAAAUGACUGACAGGGAGAGGGAUAAAGUGAUGCCCCUAAUUAUACAGGGUUUUAAAGAUGCAGCAGAGGAGGUGGGAACGUCUGUGACUGGUGGCCAAACGGUGUUAAACCCCUGGAUUGUUCUAGGAGGAGUGGCUACUACUAUCUGCCAGCCCAAUGAAUUCAUCAUGCCAGAUAACACAAUCCCGGGGGAUGUGCUGGUGAUGACGAAGCCCCUGGGGAUGCAGGUGGCUGUGGCUGUGCACCAGUGGCUGGACAUUCCUGAAAAAUGGAAUAAGAUCAAGCUAGUGGUCACCCAAGAAGAUGUAGAGUUGGCGUACCAGGAGCCGAUGAUGAACAUGGCCAGGCUCAACAGAACAGCUGCGGGACUCAUGCACACGUUCAAUGCCCACACCGCCACUGACAUCACGGGCUUUGGGAUUUUGGGGCACGCGCAGAACCUAGCCAAGCAGCAGAGGAACGAGGUGUCCUUCAUGAUUCACAACCUCCCUGUCCUGGCCAAGAUGGCUGUUGUGAGCAAGGCCUGUGGAAACAUGUUUGGCCUCAUGCAUGGGACCUGCCCAGAGACAUCAGGAGGCCUCCUCAUCUGUUUACCGUGAGAGCAAGCCUCCCGGUUCUGUGCAGAGAUCAAGUCUCCCAAAUAUGGGGAGGGCCACCAGGCAUGGAUUAUUGGGAUCGUGGAGAAAGGCAACCGCACCGCCAGAAUCAUAGACAAGCCCCGGAUCAUCGAAGUUGCACCACAGGUGGCCACUCAGAAAGUGAACCCCACCCCGGGUGCCACCUCUUAAUCUAGACCUAAGUAGCUAUCUGGUUUUGUCUUUAAAUAGAGCUAUUUCUUUUUUCAUCAUUUCAAUUAAAGACGAUACACGACAACAAAAAUCUCAUUGUGUCUACACAUCUGGUGACCUUAGGUCGAUUUGUGAGUGGAUGCAAUUAAUAAAAU